AUGAUUUGUCCUGUCGUUAAAGAUCUUGGUGCCAAUGCAUUAUCAGGUAUGACAUGCGAGCCAAACUCGGUGUUCGUUCCUCAGCAAUACGCACUUAGUCCUUGGAUGAUCGGCUUGUUAAAACGAUUGACUUUCUAUGAUAUUCGCGCGGUAAGGAUUGCGCCCCUUCAAUGGCAUGUUCUGGUGAUUGGUUGUUUUGCCUCAUUGAUUGCACCAUUUGGUGGAUUCUUUGCCAGCGGGGUAAAAAGGGCAUUCAAAAUUAAGGAUUUUGGGCAUUCCAUUCCAGGACACGGCGGCAUUACUGAUCGCAUGGAUUGUCAAUUCCUCAUGGGAUUAUUUUCUUAUAUAUAUUAUCAGAGUUUUAUCAAGAAUACUUCAUUGUCGGUCGGUACAGUCCUUCAGACUGUUGUCAGUUCUUUAAAACCCCAAGAACAAAUCGAAUUAUUAGAUAGUUUGCAACAAUACCUGAUCGGACAAGGAUUAUUAGAGGAGGGAAAAGUUGCAUGCGUUUACAUAAAUAGUUGA